GUCGUUUCUUGAUCUAUACACCACUACCUGAUCGCUUGUCCGCUGCCACAGUGGUGUCCAUCUCGUUGUGAUGUGCAGCUGAAAUGAACUGCCAUGCGGUGGUGAUUGGGCGACGAGGACUGCAACUCACUAACGCCACUUCACAACCAGUGACAACGAGACGACUUUUCGCGACAUCUCUGGGGCAUACUUCACCGCUAUCACGGCCGGUAGCCCUACAGACCAGAGCUAGCAGCGCGAGGUCAUCACACCAUGCUUCAGCCACGAAUACACUCAACAGAUGGCCUCGAUCGCUGACUGUAUGCGCAACGGAGAGAUUUGGACUGAGACUGUCCGAACGGACGCCAUCAAAAGGAUGGCUGGACUCGAGGGAACAGACUGCAACCAGGAUGCUGCAAAGGAGAUGGAACAGUGGCAGUAGUAAGAAGCUGGAAGGGAGGAGCCCUGCGGAUGGAGAUGCACAGAAAGAGGUCUCGACUGAGAGCAAAGACAGCCAGUCGCAGGUCACAGGCGCAGGCGCAGGCGGUCCUGGCAAAUACAUAUACGAUCAUCUGCCGCACUUCCAUCGCCCCACGAAGGAUGAGCUACUGGCAGCAGCGACUGGAUUCUGGCAUCGAUUGCAGAUCCGCUUCAAGUGGUUCUCCAUCAGGAGUGUGAGGCCCUUUAAUCACGAAGAAAUAUUUGCCUUCUUGAGCUGGAUAUUCUGGGGCCAUCUCCUCUGGUUGGUAAUUGGAACCACCACGUUUGUCAGCUUGGGUAUCUAUGCCCUCAACACUGUAUUUGCACAAGAGACCUUGGCAAGCUGGGUCGGCAACUACCUCACACGGAGCACAGGCAUUCAAGUGGUUUUCGAAAGUGCCAUUGUACCGAAAUGGGGCGAGGGCACGAUACGGUUGAACAAGGUCUUUGUGAGCAGGCGUCCAGCUGCCGACAAAAGUCGAAGGACCGUGACCAAGGGCUCUUCGGUUAUUGCAGCGGCAGCGGCAGCAGCAACUGCGCAAAGUGGCCGAGACCAUGCAACGCUGCCUGAUGAGGGCAGUGAAACACCUGCCGAUGAUGGCAAUUACUCCCAAUCCGAUGUCACUAUUGACAAUGUUGACCUGACGCUGUCGUUCCGCAAGUGGUUCAACGGAAAAGGAUUGCUGCAAGACGUUGGUGUUCGUGGCGUUCGAGGUGUCAUCGACCGAACACAUGUCAAACCACGGCCAGAAGAUGUCGGUCGUGACCCGAAGAGCUAUCGUCACGAACACAACAUUGGUGACUUUGAGAUUGAACAUUUCAAAAUGGAAGACGUGCUUAUAACAGUGUAUCAACCCAACAACUUUCGGCCGUUCACAGUCAGUGUGUACAACUGCGAACUUCCUCGACUUCGGAAGCAGUGGCUAUUUUACGAUUUCCUGUGCGCCAACAAUAUGAGUGGCAGCUUUGACGGCUCUCUGUUUACUAUACAUCCCAGGCAGGUACAUAGUACUACUGGUGCACUGCUUGUAGGCGGCCAUGAGGAGUUUGCAUCAACCUGGAAAAAGCAUAGCAGGAUCCGUAUUGAUGGGCUCAAGAUCGAUCACCUGAAUCGUGGCGUUGAAGGACCUUUCUCUUGGAUCGUGGAUGGAAACGUGGACAUCGUUUCCGAUAUCAUGAUUCCGAACGACGCAGAUGGCAGUAUAGCGAAGGUCAUGAGCGACAUUUACGAUCGCAUGGAAGCGACUGUCACGAACCAAAUCGCGCACAAUGGCCAUGCAUCGGCAUCGGCAUCGCAUGGUCAUCACGACGAGAGCAUCGACAAUAGUGGUACGUCUGAGGAUGCGCAAGAAGUAAUGAACGAGGACGACAACCGCUUCCUUGUCAUGGACAUUCAAAUCCACCUCAACGACGUACGCGCUAGCGUUCCAAUCUUCACUAAAGACAUAUCGUACGUCAACAACGCUGUAGUCCGGCCUAUCGUCGCCUACAUCAACUCCCACUCUCGAAGCGGGAGUAACUUCAUCCCCAUCACCUGUCGCAUUGUAAAGCGGCAGAGUGAAUUCGAUGGAUCUUGGACUGUCUUCGAUUCUGGCUUGCUCGCAGACUUGAGCAAAGAGACGUACGAUGCGUUCGUGCGCGAUAUCACUGAUCGCAAGGCAAGACAACGUCGAAUGAAGAAGGUCGGCCUGUGGGCAGCUCAAGUUGCGGCUCAGGCGCUUUUCAUUGGCCUUGCCGGACAAUUGGCGUGAGCAGGAUGGCCAGUGAGGUGUACUAGAACAUUCAUGGCCAGAUUAAGGGCAGUACAGACCCUUGUCCUGCUCUCGUGUCCUAAAAUCGCAACGGCCUGUCACGAGUCAGGGUGAGCAGAUAUUUUGUCAUACUGCUGGGUGUUUCAAAUCGACUCGAACACGUUUGACGCGAUGCUUGUGUUAUAUUGCUUUCGGGAGCGAGGCGUUUGUCGGGCAUAUUUGGCUGUAGAAACAUACAAUUGAGCCGUCCAUGGCUAACAGAGGCGGCAUCCUACACUGGACGGAAAUAUGGAAACGACGGGACAGUCGGGACGGCGUUUUUUGUAUGCUUUUGACUUUACAAUUAUGAGCAAUACGAC